AUGUGUGGAGGAGCAAUUGAUGGCACCCACAUUCCCAUCAUUGCACCUGAUCAGUACCACACAGAUUACUUUAAUCGAAAGGGUUGGUACAGCGUGUUACUUCAAGGCCUUGUAGACCACAACUUCAAAUUUAUGGACUUUGAUGUAGGACAGCCUGGAAAGUGUCAUGACUCGUGGGUAUUUCAGUCCUCAAAACUGCACUUGAAACUUGUGAAUGGCACGUUUUAUCCAAGGCUCACAAGAGCAAUUGAGGGCCAAGAUAUACCCGUCGUUAUUCUUGGAGAUUCCGCCUAUACUUUGUCACCAUUCUUGAUGAAACCCUACCCAGAAGGACUAGCAACUGCAGAAGAACUUCGCUUCAAUGUACGCCUCAGCCGAGCACACAUUUUGGUCGAGCAUGCAUUUGGUCGGCUGAAGGGGCGAUGGCGCUGUAUCAUGAAGCGCAAUGACUCUCAUGCCAAGAACAUUCAUGUUUUAGUUUCAGCAUGCAUUGUCCUGCAUAACUUCUGUGAAACGUGGAAGCAAGAGAAUGAAGACAUGCACAUCAGAGAUGAGCCACAAGAUGAUGAUCCAUUUGAGCAUCAAGCUGACCAUGCACAGAAUAUUGCCGAGGAUGGAGAACAGUUCCGUGCAGCACUUGCACGAUACUUCACAAGUCACCAUUGA